CAGCCUGUAAUGUUUCAGAAAUUUAUCAUGAAUCAGGACAUACUAAAUCAUCUCCAACAGGUUGAGUUGCAAGGCUAUGAUACUAGCCCUCAUAUCAUAAUGGAGAUUUGAGUAAAGAAGUAGCCCCCUUGCAUAAGUGCUGAAAUUUAUGAAUUGAUUCCAUUCCCAUUAGGAGUUUCUUUAUCCUCUGAGCACUUCUCUAGGCACCUUUGCAUCAAACUUGGAAUAUGCGCUUUCAAGGAAUUCUUUUACAUUUUUUAGAUUUCCUUUCCUGUCAACAUCACACUGUUCUUAGUAAGGUCAACAUCACACUGUUCUUAGUAAGGUCAACAUCACACUGUUCUUAGACAGUAAGGUCAACAUCACUAAGGAGUAUUAAAUAACACAAUUAUUGAUGAAGAGCAUGCCCAGAUCAUGUGACGCAUAUUAAAACAAAUGCAUACGUGUUAUAUAGUGAGACUGCUAACUGCACUUCAACCAGAACUUGGAAAUGCCAACGAUGGAGUUUCAACCAUUUGCAGACAGAGAAGCAGGGAUGUCACAUUCCAGUGGGAGACGGGGCGGUUGGAUCACCUUCCCCUUUAUUGCAGCUGCUGUGUUUGGAUUGAUGAUGGCUGGUUCGGGAUGGAUGAUGAACCUAAUUGUCUAUCUAAUCAAAGUGUUCAAUGUGAAGAGCAUUGAUGCUACUCAGAUAGCAAAUAUUGUCCAUGGUGGCGUCAAUCUGCUCCCAAUAGUUGCAGCAAUUUUUGCAGACUCUUUUUUUGGCAGCUUCCCUGUAGUUGCAAUUUCUUCCUGUUUCUCUUGGCUGGGAACGGUUCUCCUGACUUUAACAGCAUUAAUUAACUCGUUGAGGCCUUCUCCUUGUAAGAAUGGAUCAAGCUUCUGUCAACAUCCAUCAAAGUUUCAAUUUGCAGUGCUAUUUAUAGCUGUAUCUUUAGCAUCUAUAGGCCUUGCAGGAACAAGAUUUAUUCUAGCAACAUUUGGAGCAAAUCAAUUUGAUGAACCUCAACAUCGAGAUGUUUUUUUCAACCGGUUCUUCUUCAUCUUGUAUGUAUCUACUGCUAUAAGCACCACAGCCAUUGUCUAUGUUGAGGACAUCAACUGGGGAUUAGGCUUUGGCCUAUGUGCUGCUGCUAGUUUUGUUGGCUCAGCCAUUUUCUUGCUAGGGAGCAGAUUCUAUCGUCAUGACAAGCCUCGAGGGAGCCCAUACAUGGGUUUAGCUCAUGUUAUAGUUGCUGCUAUACAGAAGAGGAACAUCCCUCUACCAUCCAAAAUCGAGGAUUAUCACCAUGAGAUCGGUGGAAUGGACAAAAUCACAGCUGCAGCACCUUCUCGGAGCUUAUGGUUCUUGAACCGAGCAGCAAUAAAAACCAGAGGAGACAUUAAAUCAGAUGGAUCAAUUGCUAAACCAUGGAGACUCUGCACCGUUCAAGAGGUGGAAGACCUCAAAUCUCUAGUUAGAAUUUUCCCACUCUGGUCAAGCACAGUAUUCUUAUUCACCCCAAUAACAAUUCAGACCAACAUGACAGUUAUCCAAGCUCUAGCUAUGGAUCGUCACCUCGGUUCUAAGUUCAAAAUUCCAGCAGGGACAGUAAUAGUUGUGUCAUUGAUCAGCAACUGCAUCUUUCUCAUCAUCAUGGACUGGUUCCUUCUCCCCACCUGGCAGAAGAUGACUGGUCGGCCUCUUACACCUCUCCGACGGAUUGGAAUAGGCCAUGUUUUCAGCGUGCUGAGUAUGGUUGUAUCAGCCUUGGUGGAGUCAAGAAGACUGAAAAUAGCUCAUGCCAAGCACCUUCAAGCACAGUCUGACGCCAUAGUUCCUAUGCUAGUACUGUGGCUGUUUCCACAACUUGCUAUAGUUGGUAUUGGAGAAGCCUUCUUUUUCCCAGGACAAACUGCAUUGUACUAUCAAGAAUUUCCAGUAUCACUAAGAAGCACAGCCACUGCCAUGGUGAUUGUAGUAAGUGGGAUAGCCUUCUACGUGAACACUGCUUUGGUGGACCUGAUCAGGAACAUUACACGUUGGUUACCAGAUAAUAUAAACGAGGGGAGACUGGAUAAUCUCUAUUGGACACUGGCUGUAUUGGGGUUGCUGAACUUUGGAUAUUAUUUGGUCUGUGCUAGCAUAUACAGGUACAGAAAUGUUGAACUGAAAGUGGCUUCUCCUGCAAGCGACACCAGCAAGAACCUUGAAUCCUUAACCUAGAGGAGAAAUAAAACAAUGCAAUAAAU